AGUAACCGCCCAUUUGAAGCAAAAGCGGAUGUUUUCCUUGCACGUGGUUCUUCGUUUUCAACAUGGCGGCGGCAUCCAUGGUUACAAGUUUCUGUUUCUUACAGCUGAAUAAUCUGUCAUGUUCGAGGAAUAUGUGCCGUCGAUUAGUGACUGUAUUCAAUAGUGAUAAAACGCGAUUGAAACUCUAUGCAGACAGUAGUAAUUUUCACAUGAAAAAAGCAUCGCAUUUCACACAGGAUGAUCUGCUCUCGCGCAUCCCUGUUGAUAAACUGAAGAUAACAUACAGUCGGAGCAGCGGACCAGGCGGCCAACAUGUCAACAAGGUCAGUACGAAAGCAGAGGUCCGUUUCCAUGUGCAGACAGCAGAAUGGAUUCCAGAAGAAGUGAGGAGCGAGAUUCUCCUGAAGAAUAAAACUCGUGUCAACAAAGCAGGAGAGUUAAUCGUGACCUCCGAGAUGAGCAGAAGCCAACAGAGGAACCUAGAAGACUGUCUUCAGAAGAUCUCAGAGAUGAUCGCUGCAGCCAGUCAGCAGCGGCCGGACCCGGCGCCGGAGGAUCUCGCCCUCAGGGCUCACAGAUUAGAAAAAAGAAAUUUGGAAAGACUCAAGCAGAAGAAGAUGCAUGCUGCAACAAAGCAAGCAAGACGAGUCGACUUUGACUGAACCCAAAACAUUAUUGCAUUUGUUCUGCAUUCGAUUUUUGAUAAAAACACAGCAAAAUAUCACACUGCAAAAGCUUUUUGUUGUUGUUGUUGUUGUAUGUAUAGCAUGUACCGAAUUAUAUGUCAGAUUACUUUAUAACUUUUUUCUCAAAAUAAAAUUUUAGAUUUUAAGCAAAAUUAAAUAAACUGUAAGCCUGUGUUAAAGCAAAGAGCUGGUUUAUACUAUACAUGUCCUUUGAUAAAGGGUAAGACUGUUUCAGAGUUUAAAGUGUUUGAAUGACACUAGAAAAACCCUUACUCAUCCAGUUGUGUUCAUUGCCAUUUUUAAAUUUGAAUGAAACUGAAAAAUUUAAUAAAAUAUAAAGAACUAAACCUAUUAUUUGUCAAAUAAUAAAUAUGAAAGUGAUACAGUGUCACAGAGAAAUCCACAACU